AUGAGUUUAGCUGUAUUGCUUUUCCUUGCAGAGAAACACUCGCUGUAUUACAUUUACACGGCUCUGUCCAAACCUGUGGAUCUGCCGGGCAUCUAUCAGUUCAGUGCUAUGGGUCUGCUAGAUGACAGACAGAUCGACUCUUACAAUAGUAAAGAACAGAGGAAGAUUCCCAAACAGACCUGGAUGAAAGAGAAAAUGCAGGAGGAUUACUGGGAGAAAGGCACCCAGUCCAGAAAGAGCAAAGAACAGUGGUUUAAUGUGAAUGUUGAUAUUCUGAUGAAACGCAUGAGACACAAUGAAUCAGAUCUUCAUGUUCUUCAGUGGAGACACGGUUGUGAAGUUGAACAGGAGGGAGAUGAAGUGAAGUUUUCCAGAGGCAUUGAUGAGUACAGCUAUGAUGGAGUAAACUUUCUGUCUUUUGAUGAUAAAGAGUCUCAGUGGGUCGCUCCUGUUGAUGCAGCUCUACCAACCAAGAGAAAAUGGGACAGUGUGCCGAUCCUAAACCAAUACACCAAAGGAUACCUGGAGAAAGAGUGUGUGGACUGGCUCAACAAAUUCAGAGACUAUGGCGAUGAGGAGCUCAGAAACGUCUCUCCUCCAGAUGUUCAUGUGUUUGCAAAAAGGUCUUUCAGAGACAAAACCAAGCGGAGACUCACCUGUCUGGCCACCGGUUUCUACCCCAAAGACACAUUCUUGACCAUCAGAAAAUAUCGCUCACCUCUGCCUGAAGAUGAGGUUGAAUCCACAGGAAUCAGACCAAACCAUGAUGGGACCUUCCAGAUGAAGAAGAGUGUGAUUAUCCAAGAGGAUGAAAAAUAUGAUUUAGAUUGUCUUGUUGGUCACAGAACCCUCAAAGAAACAAUUAUCGUCAGAUGGGGUAG